AUGGACUCCGUACAGGAGAUCACUUAUGACAACAGCAUCGACGGGCCGAUGUCUGUCUACAUCUACAAGUGCAAGGGGACUGAGGACAGGCUGGAUCAGUGUGACUACAACAUCCGGUCGAUUCAAACUUGCAAGCACAAACUCACCGACGUCUACAUCGGCUGCACUCACCAAUUCGACCAAUACGAAGUGCAAAUCAACCCGGGUCUGGGCACCUUCUCCAGCGGACCCGUGGAAAUAUUCUACAACGGGGAGUGGGGCUCUGUUUGCAACGACCAGUGGGGGGUCAGGGAUGCCUUCGUGGCCUGCCGCCAGCUGGGUUUCCACUGGGUGGAGGAGCGGGGCUGGGAGCACGACCUGGGCUCCCUGACCGGCAAGAAGUGGCUGAACGAGGUGGAGUGCUUGGGCAACGAGACCUCUCUUCACGACUGCCCGAGCGAUAGACUGGCCUUCUACGAUCAUGACUGCGACACCACAUCCUCUGUGGAUUGCGGAUCGAUGAGUGGCUACGCUAAUGCCCAAGCUGUCAUUCAAGACGGUUUGGGUGACGAGGAUGUCGCUUCAGAAGGCACGGCCUACCUACAGAUCACCCCCGGCGAACGCGUGGCGAUCUGCGACCACUCCUGGAACAUGGACGCGGCCAACACCUUCUGCCGGCAGCUGGGCAAGCACUCCGCCCUGCGCCUGACAACGGGGUCGUACUACGGCUGGCACCCAGGCUUCAACGGCCCUUUCCCCGUGCGCAAGUGGAACAUGGCCUUUGAGUGCAACGGUCGGGAAUCCUCCCUGACCGAUUGUGUGACCUACGCCAAGCCGGUGAGCGAGUGUCCAGAUGGUCGAGACGCGGGCGUGGUAUGCAAUGAGAGGGAGGGCUUCGAGAUCAAGCUCGUUGGCGGGACCACGGCAUCGGAGGGCCGGGUGGAAGUUUGCUACGGGGGCACGUGCGGGAGUCUGGGCAAGGAUAUCAGCCUGGAAAGCCCCGCCGAUUUCGGGGACGUGGUCUGCCGGGAGCUGAGCCUGGGCUACGCCGUGGAGGUGAGCACCGACGGGCGGUACGGCGCCGGCAAGGACCUGGUCAAGAUGAACAGGAUCUGGUGCGCCGGGUCGGAGGAGUCCUUGGCACAGUGCGGUCCCCACAUCGAGUGGCUGGAUAGCACCGACGCCAACCUGAGGGACGAGCUCACUGGAGUUAAGUGCUCAGGACCCAUUGAUGCGGCCAAGAGUCCGAUCCGUUUCUCUCAGCUGAACGAAAAAAGUGGCAUCGUGGAAAUCUUCCACCAGGGCCGCUUCGGGACGAUCUGCAACAAAGGUUGGACGUUGAACAACGCCCGAGUCGUCUGCAGGGAGCUCGGCUUCGGCCCUCCUCUGGACGCCCAGCUUGGGCUAGAGGGUUACAAGGGGCCCAUCUACUUACAAGACGUCCAGUGUGCGGGAACGGAAGAGACUCUGGAUCAGUGCCAGCACAGUGAGUGGUCGGCCCACACCUGUGAACACUCCAUGGAUGUGUCGGUGCUCUGCCAGAAAGAACAACAAAUUCCAUCAACACCAGCGCCCACAACCCGUAGCGGAGGCAGUCGAUCCGUGGGCUCUGUCACUGUCACACUGCUAACCACCAUUGUCGCUGCUGCCGUCAGAUUUGCUCUCUAGAUCUGCCUGGAACAGAUAGAGUCAUAGUUGUUGGGAUCUAAAAAUCACACAAAGGGUGACAUACAGAUAUUAUUUCCCCAAAGUGAGUGGAAAUGCAACCACGACAAUCAAACAGGAAGGGACAUAAAUCUAUCUAGACCAAAUGGGCGGGGGCAAUAGGCCUGAGACCAAAUGAAGUUACGCUUUGUUUACAUAUAUGUACUUUUCUAUGUGACAGACGGGC